AUGUCUGCGGGAGGCUCAGGACUUUUGUCAGCUUCACCGUUCCAGGAAUAUGAAUCAGAGACCAUUGACGGCAGCGUUAGACCUGCAAAGAGACAGAAAGUUGCUGCAGCGUGCGACCAAUGUAGGGACAAAAAGAUCAAGUGCGAUGGACGGAAACCGCUAUGCCGGCCCUGCGAGCGAAGAGAUGGCACCACGGCCCAUUGCGAAUGGGGCUUGAGGAAGACACGCAGCAUCGGAGCUUCCAAAUUGGAGAUUAUACGCCUACAGUCUCGCAUCGACGAGUUGGAAAGAGCUGGUCGGCGAUCGAAGCGGCCAGAGAGCGUUGAUCGGCCGUCUACGCCUCAGUCGACAUCUGAUCGAAAUCAUGACAGUGGCGCAAAUGCAAUGAUGGGAUUGAUGGAGGAAGGCGAACCCGGUGAAGCGGGCAUUGUGGGCGACUCCAGCGCUGCGAGUUUCAUGAACCGCAUCAAGUCCGCUCUGGACCAGCAGCUGACUCCAGACCCCGCCCAACAAUCAAACUCGACGGCAUCACCGGCAGCGGCUGGUUCACAGCGACAACGACGAUUCAAGAACCCUGACUACGUCCUCCCUUCCAGACAACAGGCAGACCGUCUCCUGGAGGUCUACUGGAGGAUCGUGGAUCCGCUGUAUCCUUUCGUCGACAAGGACGAUUUCAUGGGCAAGUACCAGAGUCUCUGGACUGGUAAUCCCACAAUGGACGACGAGGUCUGCUUCAUAUGUCUUCUCAACGCCAUCUUCGCCAUAUCCUGCAUUUUGGACUCGUCCAUUCGCCCUUCGGAUCGCGUCAGCUCCGGCGAAGUCUUCCACAAACGCGCUCUUGUAUAUCUCGACCUUGAGUUCCUGCAACACCGCUCGGUGCACACCGUCCAGUGCCUCCUUCUCCUCGCACAGUACCUCCAGAGCACCAGCGAGCCGCAGCAGUGCUGGCUUUUCGCGGGUUUGGCCAUCCGGAUCGCUCAGAGCCUCGGUCUCGAUUUACCCUCCACUAGCAGCCGGACAUCCAAUGGCAAGCUGAAUGACUUCCUCCGCAAGGUCUGGCACGGCUGCGUCCUCAUGGACCGGACACUGUCUAUGACUUUCGGACGUCCCGCUAUCAUCACUCCCCAAGCUGCGGCUUCGGUGCCUAGGCCACAUCCUCACCCGGAGCCAAGCGAGAGCUGCUCCUGCCACAGAGAACUUUACGUGUUGCAGCCGUCGUCUCCUGAUCUCCAUUUUUUUAUCGAAUCUCUCAAGCUGUACGAAACUAUGAGCGAGACACUCGUCGCGCUCUACAGCCCCACAUCGGCAGAGGCGUCUGACUCAGAAGAGGACAGCUAUACCCGAUACUUUGGCGGCGGCGCCCUGGGCGCAAACGCCGCCGGGACCGUGCUGGAAAUGGACAGCAAAUACUGGAUCUGGCAACGGCGGCUGCCCUGCCAUCUCCGGUACUCUCACGAGGACAACAACACGAACAUGAUCCACGCCCGACAGGCCAAGGUCCUCUACCUUCGAUACUGCCACAUUCGGACACUCCUCUUCCGACCGGUCCUAUCUCGCUUCUGCACAACCAGCCAGAUUGACGAAGACCUCACCACCGUCGUCGAAGAAGAAGACACCCUCGCCCGCAAGCUCGCGCUGCAGUGCUCGGUCAUGUGUGUGCAAAGCGCACUGAAUACCGUCGCCCUGUUCGGCAAGGUGCACUCGGAAUGCCGGCUGGAGCUGCUUGACGAUCUCCUGCCCGCGUGGUGGUACAGUAUCUUCUACCUGUACACGGCGGCAACGGUCCUUGUUGCCGCACGGCUCAACUCGACCAUCGAAGCCGAGGUGGGCGGCGAGGAGGUCAUCAUGAGCGCCGCUCGCACCGCGACCACGGCACUGCAUAGGUACGGUAGCUUCGGCAAACAUGCUAAACGGUGCGCCGCGGCCGUGGGGUUUCUGUUCGAUCAGAUUCCGCCUCGUCAUUGCCAGGCCCAAGUCCCAACCCAGGCCGAAACCCAGGGGCGGACCGGGACGCAGGCGGUGAUGCAGACACAUCGCAGCAACAGAAACAACAGUGAUGAGACUGCGCGACGGGGAAAUCUCCUGCCGCACGUGAACGGUGCCGAUAUUGACCCACGCUUCAGCAGCGGCAGUAGCGUCAACGACAGUGUCCAGAACUGGACGGCUAUCAACCACCACAGGACUGGUGCGAGUACUUUUCCUCCUGCUCCUCCUUCUGGACCUACCGACGCCACAGCCCAAACCAUACCAAGUACCGACACCACCACAGACGACACGAAAGCAUCCGCGCCGUCUCAAGCGUUCAUGCUGAGCAGCAGCAGCAGCACCGGCGGGAUAUUCCCCUCCUCGGCAUUGUCGUCCUUCGAUCCCGAUCCCAAUCCCAAUCUCUCCCUCAAUCUUAGCCUCGACAACCUCGAUCUCGAUCUCGAUCUCCUCAGCGGCGACAUGUCCUGGUUGAGCAGCAUUCCUUUCGACUUGUACGGUGAGCUGUGA